AGUGUUUCCGCCUCGCACCGGGGGUACUUAAACCGCGGGCGGCCGCCGGCACCGGCUGCACACGAUGGCUGCGGCGGGGGGACGAGCCCCGCUGGGCCUCCGGCGAUGGCUGUGCUCGGCUGCCGCGGCUCCCCGGGUCUGCGUGGUGGGCAGCGGGCCCGCGGGCUUCUACACGGCUCAGCACAUCCUGAAGCACCAUGGUGGGGCACAAGUGGACAUCUACGAAAAGCUGCCUGUUCCCUUUGGGCUCGUCCGGUUUGGGGUGGCCCCAGAUCACCCUGAAGUCAAGAACGUGAUCAACACCUUCACGCAGACGGCGCGCUCGGGGCGCUGCUCCUACCACGGCAACGUCAGCGUGGGCAGGGACGUGACGGUGGCAGAGCUGCAGCAGGCAUACCACGCCGUGGUGCUGAGUUAUGGUGCUGAAGAUAACCGGGUCCUGGGCAUCCCAGGGGAGAACCUCUCUGGUGUCUAUUCAGCCCGAGCAUUUGUGGGCUGGUACAACGGGCUGCCGGAGAACCAGGAUCUGAAUCCUGACCUGAGCUGUGAGACAGCGCUGAUUCUGGGUCAUGGCAACGUGGCUCUGGAUAUUGCCCGGAUUCUCCUGUCCCCACUGCAGCUCCUCAGGAAGACAGACAUCACUGAUGGCUCCUUGGCAGCUCUUGCCUGCAGCAAGGUGAAGCGUGUCUGGCUGGUCGGGAGGAGGGGACCUCUCCAAGUUGCUUUCACUAUCAAGGAGCUGCGGGAGAUGAUAAACCUGCCUGGUACCAAGCCUGUGCUGAACCCUGCUGACUUCACAAGCCUCGAGGAUGCUGUUAGAGAUGCCCCCAGGCCUAGGAAACGCCUGACUGAGCUGAUGAUCAAAACGGCCCUGGAGAAGCCAGUGGGGACUGUGUCCCCCCGGGAAUGGGGGCUGAAGUUCCAGCGCAGCCCCCAGGAGGUGCUGCCCACUGCUGAUGGGAGGCGGGCGAGGGGCGUCCGCAUGGCCCUGACCCGCCUGGAGGGCUCAGGUGACUCUGCCAAAGCCAUCCCUACUGGAGACAUGGAGGAGCUGGAGUGUGGGCUGGUGGUCAGCAGCAUCGGCUACCGGAGCCUGCCGCUGGACCCGGCAGUGCCCUUCGACACCCAGCGUGGCAUCAUUCCCAACAGCUCAGGCAGAGUGGAGGGUGUCCCAGGUCUGUACUGCAGCGGGUGGGUGAAGAGAGGACCCACAGGUGUGAUCAUCACCACCAUGAACGACAGCUUUGACACUGCCCAAUCUGUGCUGGAGGAUCUCCAGAGAGGGGUGCUGGAUGUGUCCACCUCCAGAGAAGGCUUUGGAGCUAUGGAGAGCAUCCUGCGCAGCCGAGGGGUCCGUCCUGUUUCCUUCUCGGACUGGGAGAAGAUAGAUGCUGCUGAAAUGGCACGAGGCAAAGCUGCUGGCAAACCCCGAGAGAAGAUCGUGGAUCUACAGGAGAUGCUGCGGAUCAUCGGUCACUGAAGCACCAGUGAUGGGAAUGUGGUGCUGGUCCAGCUGGUGCUGUCCUGGGGCAAGGCCGGUGCGUUACAGCAUGGCCUAGAGCACGGGGCUUGUGGCUGUGCUGGAGAGGGGACACUCGAGCUUCUCUAGUAAUGAUGACCUGUGGGCUCCCAAAGUGAAUGGCUCAAAGCACCUGAGGCUGCUGGCUGGCCCUGCACCUCUGCAGCCAGCACUCCUGGGGCUGAUAAUUGUCACUUGUGUCCUUCAAGCAUUAAUGAAUUGGCUGGUGCAGGUAAAGGGAGCCGUGCCCUUGGUGGGAGGCCUGGCCAGGCGCUUUCCCCAUGGCAAAUGGACAGAGAAACCUCCUUGUGUCUCGCUGCCUCCCCUUUAAGCCUCAAGCCAAAUGGCUUCAUUGCCUUGCCACUGGUGCCUGAGCAGGCUGCUUUGGGUAAUAGUUGGUUUUUAAAUAAACCCUUCCAGGAAAGCCAAAUGGGA